AUGAUAUUACAGGAAGCCAAAACAGUACUGGCCUGGCUCCGAGGAGUGAGUGUAGUGGACCGCGGUGUGGAACAGGACAUCGAUAGCAUCGUCAGGGUUGAGAAGCAGACACAGGCUGACUCGCAAUCCGUUUGGAAGAUUAUUUGGCAAGACAAACCGACGUUCAAAGCCUUCAUCAUCACAAUAAUCAUUAAGAUCACGCAACAGUUCGAUGGGUACCUCAUAGUACUGAUAUACGCCGGCUUCGUAUUCGAACGGGCUUCGGAAUCCAUCAGCCUUAAACUCAGUCCCAAUAAGCAAGUCAUGAUGAUCGGAGUAGUUCAGCUAUUGGGAUCUAUCGUUGCCACCUGCAUUGUGGAGAAGACUGGUAGAAAGCUUCUUCUAGUGACGACAUCGUUUGCUGUAGGAGUUGGUAUGGUAGUCCUCUCAGCGUGGUUCUACAUGACCUCCUCAGGGUUCUGGCUGCCCGGCUGGUUACCGGUCCUCGCCAUGUGCCUCUGCAUCUUCGCUGAUGCUGCGGGCUUCCAGCCAAUAUCCUACAUCAUUAUCACGGAUCUCUUUACGUUCCAGCUCCGUGGCAACGUGUCAGCUUUUGCGAACGUGUGUGCGAAACUAAGCAACUUCGUUCAAACGAAAUGGUUCACCAUUAUCUGUGAGCUGAUCGGUAUACAUUGGACCUUCUUGUUCUUCGCUGCGAUCUGCUUCGUCGCCUGCUUCUACACUAUCAUCUACUUCCCCGAGACCAGAGGCAAGACCGUCGAUGAAAUCUACUCCAAGCUCUCAGGUAAGGCCAAGAAAGAUGACAGCAGGAUCGAGUCUGUACCAUAAGUUAAUAUUAGUCAAAGUUGAAAUUCCAGUGUCACUGAUUCCAACAAGAUGAGCUAGAAACUUUUUUGUCACUGUUGCACAAAAGUCAACUUUAUUUGUUCAAUGUUUUAGUUGAUUUUUAUUAAAGUGACUGUUAUUAUUAUUAUUAUUUUCCUUUAAUCAAUUUUAUGCAAUGAUUUGUGAACUUUAUUGCAUGGCAAUAAAGCUUCUUUUUCUAUUUUUAUUUUAAUUCGAUUGACUUUAAAGUCCAGUACUGGACUAAGGCUUAUAAAAGUCAUACUAGUAGUAGAUUCUGUAUUUGUUUUAUGAAUACUGUUUAAUUUAUCAUUAGCCAAUCAGAAAAGGCCAAAAUGACGUCAUCUAUAUUGCGUCAAAUGAAAAGGAAUGAUGGCAAAUUAAAUCGAAUGUUUUUUUUAAACGUAAGAAAUAGACGUCGUCCUAGCAUAACAAACAGGAUUUUGUCAAUAUUAUUAAAAAUGUUUUCUUAACAAAUAAAAAACAUAGAUACUUAAAAAGAAUUAAUGUUAUCAAGCGUUUUGCUUCAUAAAUCAUUCAUUUAAUUGUCACCAUCAUCCCAGUUUCUAUUUAAAUAGUUUGUUUCAAAAUUAACCAAAAAAAAGACGUCAAAUUCUUUCCAACUGAUUCAAAUUUAUGUCAAAUUCUGUGUUUAUAAAUUUAAUAUUAUGAGCCCGAAACUACAAAAAAAAAUUGUCGCAGUGUUGAUCUUUUGUGAUGUUAUGUUCGAAUUUAUUGAUUGAAUGUCGAUUUUAAUUCAUUAUUAUUAGACCAUAAUUAUUUAAUCAUAAUUUUUAUUUAAUGGAUGUAUAUACAGUUACAAUUUGCGUGACAAUACGCCUUAUUUAUAAAUUAAUUAAAAACAAAUCUCGCUAAGAAUCAAGCGUUACUUAGAAAAUUCUCAAGUUAGUUCACAAGGACUGCCGAUAGAUGGCGCUAUAUACUUAAUAAUGUACAGUUGAUAUUAUUCAGUGAUCUCAUUUCCAUACCUUUUAACCAAUACAUGUUUUGAGUUAAUAAUGUAAUAAAGUUAAAAAUCUAAUUUGAUUGAAAUCUUUACUUAUAACAAUCGAUGUUUAAGUAUACUGGUUUAUACCUAAGUUUUACCUAAGUAACGCUUGGAUCUUAAUUGUGUUUCAAAAGGUUCGAAUACUUAAACGCAACUCAAUUAUCAACAGGUAUUUUGUUCCGCUAACUAUUUAUAUCAUUUUUAAAUUUAAUAUUGAGUAGUGUUUGAGUAUUAAGACUUUGUUAUUUAUUACAUAUAUGUAUAAUAUAAAAAUGAGCUCUCCGUCCAAAGCCAAUCAUAGUAUCCAAGAGAAUAGUAAACUAUUAUUUAAAGUAGUUCUGUCUGUAUUAUUAUCAUAGCAUGAUAUUGCUGUUACGAAGAUAAUUCGUGCAAUUGUUGAGUAACAU